AUGGCCAAAGAGAAAACAAAAUCUCCGACCAAGAAGAAGAUUCCGAUGAUGUCAGAAGAGAAAUCGAAGAAGCUUCGAAAACCGAAAAACGCUACUCAUCCUCCAUACUUUCAAAUGAUAAAGGAGGCUUUGAUGGUACUAAAAGAGAAGAAUGGAUCGAGCCCUUACGCGAUAGCCAAAAAGAUAGAGGAGAAACACAAAUCCGUACUUCCGGAGAAUUUCCGUAAAACGCUUUCUCUACAGCUAAAAAACUCUUUAUCUAAAGGUAAGCUUGUCAAGAUCAGAGCUUCCUACAAGCUCUCAGAGACGACGAAGAUGACGACUCGAUCUUCUUCGAGAAGACCGAAGAAAACUGUGGCUGUCAACAAACCAGAAAUGGGGACAAAGAAGAAAAGGAAAGUUAAGAAGAAGCCAAGACAGCCUAAGUCGAUCAAAUAUCCAGCUGGUAAGAAGGCUUUGAAAGCUUCUGCUACUUGA